AUGUCGACCACGCCUACCAUUGUCGAAUCGCAUCCUGAUGACGUCGACAAUGGCACCUCCAAUACCCGUCACCGCCAUGUCCGCGUCCUAGAUGAGGAAAAGGCUGUCGGGCAUUCAGGCGACGGCCCAUCUAUUCAAUCAUCUGGGACCGAGUCGCAGCGUCGUCGUCGUCUCCACGAGUUUUCGCAACACUUCCACUUACAGGAGGGCCAGGAAGGGCUGGUGAAGUUCUGGGAUCAGUUCACGAGAAAGGGAAAACGGAAGAUUGGGUUUGUGGAGAGCUUGCGUGCGAUCGUGUUCUCAUCUUGGCUCAACAUCUUCCUCAUUCUAAUACCAAUCGCCUGGGUUUCGUACUUCCUGCACUGGCCCCCCAGAGCAACUUUCACUUUGUCGUUCUUCGCCAUCAUCCCUCUUGAACAGUUAUUCGACUAUGGAGGAGACCAAAUGGCUUACUACCUUGGAAAGGACCUCGGAGACCUGAUUGUCGUUACCCUCAAUAAUGCCGUCGAAGCUACUCUUGCCAUUAUCCUGCUCGAGAAGUGCGAAUUACGACUCUUGAAAUCAACAAUAGUUGGCGUCGUCAUCCUGCACCUUCUCCUCGUUCCCGGGACGGCUUUUGUCACCGGAGGAGCACGUAUCAUUCAACAGGACCUCCACCCACACCUAACGCAGCUCAACCAUAGUCUUUUAACUCUCGGAGUACUGUCUCUGCUAAUACCCACGGCUUACUUCGCCGCCCUUAACACCUCAUUCUCGCCAAAUACGAAUGUCCCAGCUGUAAGCGUCGUCACCGACGAAGUGCGUGCCAACUUCCUCAAGAUGAGUCGUGGGCUCGCCGUUCUACUCCUAGUAGUCUACAUCUGCUCGCGCAUAUACUUGCACAACCCUCCAGGUGAAGACAACGCACUCAACUUGCACCUGGCCCCGCUCGCGCCGGAAGCGCUGAAAGACAAGGUGAAGAAAUUACGCAGCGAGGACCCAGAGGUCAACCAAUGGGUCUGCAUUGUGAUGCUCGCCAUUUGUAUCGGGCUCAUGGCAGCUACGGCUGAAUGGCUUGUCAAGAGCAUAGAGUUCGUCCGCGAAGAGUCCGGGAUCGAACUCGAAUGGUUCGGUCUAAUCCUCCUCCCUAUUGUAUCCUUCGCGGCGGACGGGGCCGUGGCAGUUGUCUAUUUCGUGCGGUAUAUGAUUCGCCAUUUCUUCCAUGAGCCCUCGCCACCGACGACGCUGGCAAAGGCAGAAGCGAUCGACCUCAGCAUCCAGUUUGUUCUGUUCUGGAUGCCAUUCUUUGUCUUGCUUGGUUGGUGGGAGGACCGGCCGCUAACUUUGCUUUUCGACUUGUUUGAAGUCGCCAUACUAGUUGGUGCUUGCUUCAUCGUCAAUUAUGUGACGGCAGACUCGAAAACAAACUGGGCAGAAGGAGUGGCUAUGGUCACUUUUUAUGCCAUGAUUGCUCUGUGUGCAUGGUUCUACCCUGGUCAACCAGAGAUUGGAUUCUUGUCGCAAUGCGAGAGUGUCCUAGAGGCUCUCCAGAAUGCUGUUGUUGGUGGUUCCAGUCAUGGAGAGUAA